AUUAUAAAAAAUAAAAUAAAAAAAUCCCUAAAUAAUAUAUGUUUUAAGCAAAUUAACAAAUAUUAAUUUAAAUAAUAUAAUUACUAGAGUAAUCUAAACUCCCUGAUAACGAAAAGCAAAAAUAAGUAUAUAAACAAAUCCAAGAAUAUUCAUAAAAAACCGAAUUCUAUAAUUACUUAUCAUAUAUACUAUCAAUUAAAUCAGAAAUAGAUUUUCACAUCAGACAUAUGGCAGCCGUAAUUUUAAAAUCACUAAUUGAAAGAAACUUUGACAUUUUACCCGAAAACACAUUAAAAUAUAUACAAUAAGUAAUAUUUGAAACAUUUAACGAUCAUUAAUAUCCUAUAAGGAAUGCAGUAGGUAAUUUAAUGACUUUAAUAGUAAUAAAAAUAGGCUUUUAAAAAGCUUCUGAUUAGAUAAAUUUCCUAGUUUAAAACUUAAACUAAGCCGAUAAUUAAAUAAUAAAAAAUACACUAUAAUGCAUUUAUAAGAUAUUCGAAGAUUUACGCAUAAACAGUGAAAAUCUAAAUAGCGAAUUUCAUAUAAAUAAUUUAAUUUUAUAAAUGUUUAGGUUUACUUAAAAUGAUUUUCCUUCAUAAAUAUAAGAAAUCAGUAUAAAUGCACUAAAUUAAUGUAUAUAUUUGAUGCCUUCCGCCCUUUCUGAAAAUAUAGAUAAUUAUUUACAAACUUUAAUAUAGGGAGGAAGCACUAAUUAAGAUCCGAAAGUUAGACAAAGAUGUUUUUAAGGAAUUACUUAUUUAGUAGAAAUUAAAAAAGAUGUGGUUUUAAAAAAUGUACAUAAUACAAUUAAAUGUAUUAUUUAGGGCAUUUAAGAUAAAGAUGUGGAAGUUUAAAAAAGCGCUUGUAAUUUUUUACAAGAAUAUUUAUUUUUUGAGGAUUCUGAUAAAAAUGAAUAUGAAAAAAGAAUGAGUAUUUUAAAAGUUUUACUUAUCAAUCUUUUAAAAGGACUUAUUUAUACAAACGAUGAUUUAGCAAAUAUUCUACCAAAUAAUAACGACGGAAGCAAACCAGAAGAAAUUAAUUAAAACGAGGAAAAUGAAGAGAAUGAAGAAAACGAAGAAGAUUAAUUAGACUUUAAUCAAACUUAAAGUGAUGAUUUUGGAGGAGAAGGCGAAUACACACUAAGAAAAAUAUGUGGAAGAAACAUUGAAAAGCUUUCAAAUUAUUUCCAAAAUGAGGUUUUUUAAAUUUUAAAGCCUUUUCUAGAGGAAACAUUUACAAAACAAGAUUGGAAAAUAUAAGAAUUAGGUAUAAUAUGCCUAGGCUAAAUCGCCUAAGGAUAAAAAGAAAUAAUAGAAAACAGUUUGAAUGUUUUAAUAAAUAAUUUAUUAUAAACAUAUACAACUCCAAACACUCAUUAUUUAUUACAAAGUUCUAUAUUAUGGACAAUAUCCUAAUACACUUAUUUCUUAGUUGAUAACUAAUCAAAUUAACAAGAAAUAAUAAGACUUUAUUUACAAUAAAUAUUUCAUGGAAUAAACCAAAAUCAGUCUUAUUUAUAAGAAUGUGCAUGUCAUUGUUUAAAGGAAUUUGUAGAAUAAGGAGCCCAUAUAUUAAAGCCUUAUUUAUUGGAUUUUAUAUAAGUCAUAAAGGCCGCUUUAAAAGUCUAUAAUAAUGAUAGUUUGAAUAUGCUUUUGAUGGCUAUUAGUACUUUAGCGGAUAGUAUGUAAAAAGAAAUGAAAAAUGAGUAAAUUUUAGAUAUUAUUAUACCUGAAUUAAUUAUAAAAUGUCAUUAAAUGGGUACUAAUAAUAUCAAAAUAAGGCCAAUAAUUGAAUGCUUUUCUUAAAUUAUUUAAAUUGGGGAUGAAAAAGAUGUAUUUUUUUUGAAAUACUGUGUUACUAUAUAUCCUAUUUGUAUGUAAAUAUUAAAUAAUUAUAGUCUAGUAUUGUAAUAGUAGCAAUAAAAUAAUAACUCAAAAAAUUACAUUUUAAAACAUAAAUAAGUAUUUUUGACGGCUAUUGAUUUAUUAUGUAGUAUUGUAUAUAUUAGUAAAAAUAAUAUACUUUAAUUUUAAAAUUUAAAUUAAAUUAUUAAUGUUAUUAAUCUAACUAUUAAUGUAAACAAAUAUAUCUCCUUUAUUAAACGAUUAUUAUUAUUAUUUUUUAAAAUAAAAUAUUAAAAAAGGCAGAUGAUUUUGAAAUAAGAUCUUAUAUAUUCAGCUUAUUAGCUGAAAUAGCUAAAAAUAGCCCUAAUUUAAUAAGAGAAAACUUAAUAUAAUAUUACUAAUAUAUAAUUUAAAAUGUAAAACUUUUACCAGAUGAAAUCGAUUUAGGAAACAGCUAUUUAGCCACAUGUAAUAACGCAAUUAUGUGUCUAAAUGAAUUUUGUAUGA